CUUACCAUUGAAGAAAUCCCAAUCAAAAUACUCUACAACUAGGGUUCCUUUGACGGGUUCCUUUUUCCGAAACUUUUGCUUUUAUUAUUGCGGAGAAUAUCAUUUGCAAUCCUCUUCAAUCUUCAUGUCUGCGCUUUCAUAACAUAUGGUAUCAGGCAGAUAGAGGAAUCUUGAUCGAUAAUUGGUGGAGAUGACGAGUAGUCAGGCAGGUUCUUCACGAAGGAGUAUGGUUUUAACAGCUUCAUCAAGGAAGAAAGCUUCUGAAAAUGGAGCCACUGAUCCUAGCCGAAGAUCUAUUACUUCUUCUCGUUCCAUGGGGCUAACGGGAGAACGCACCGUGAAGCGAUUACGUCUCUCGAAAGCCUUGACAGUACCUGAUUCCACAACUGUUAAUGAGGCCUGUCGUCGGAUGGCUCUUCGGAAAGUGGAUGCUCUUCUGCUUACAGACUCGAAUGCAUUACUCUGUGGCAUAUUGACCGACAAGGAUAUCGCAACAAGAGUUGUUGCUCGGGAGCUUGAUCUUGAGAAGACUCCUGUCUCGGCAGUGAUGACAAGAAAUCCAGUUUUUGUGAUUUCGGAUACUCUUGCUGUGGAAGCUUUGCAAAAAAUGGUGCAAGGAAAAUUCAGACACUUGCCCGUUGUAGAAAAUGGAGAGGUUGUUGCUUUGCUUGACAUAGCAAAAUGUUUAUAUGAUGCAAUUGCCCGAAUGGAACGAGCAGCUGAAAAGGGGAAAGCCAUAGCAGCUGCUGUUGAAGGUGUUGAGAAGCAUUGGGGCACCUCCGCUUCUGGUUCCAAUACAUUCAUUGAAACACUUAGAGAGCGACUCUUCAAGCCUUCUUUAUCUACCAUAAUCUCAGAAAAUUCAAAGCUUGUGACCGUUUCACCAUCUGACACGGUGCUAAUGGCAACAAAAAAGAUGCUUGAGUGUCGUAUUAGCUCGGCUGUUGCAACAGUUGAUAGCAAACCAUGUGGGAUUUUAACCUCAAAGGAUAUAUUGAUGCGAGUUAUAGCAUUGGGUCUUCCUCCUGAUUCAACAUUGGUGGAGAAGGUGAUGACUCCAAAUCCAGAAUGUGCUACCAUUGAUACACCUAUCGUUGAGGCCUUGCAUACCAUGCAUCAUGGAAAGUUUUUACAUCUUCCUGUUGUUGAUAGAGAGGGACUUGUUGUUGCCAUUAUUGAUGUACUUCAAAUCACUCAUGCGGCUAUAGCCUCUGUCGGAAAUACUGCAGGAAUUGAUAAUGAGGCUGCAAGCUCAAUGAUGCAGAAAUUUUGGGAUUCUGCCAUGGCAGUACCUCCUGCAGAUGAUGAUAGCGAAACCAGAAGUGAAGGUUCUUUGAAAUUGGCUUCUGAGGGGACUGUUCCUUAUCCUUCGCCUACACUAAUCAAUACAUUUGCUUUCAAGAUCCAAGAUAGAAGGGGUCGGAUGCAUAGAUUUAUUUGUGAAACUCAUAGUUUGGCAGAUCUAAUAACUGCAAUACUUCAAAGAGUAGGCGGUGAGAUUGAUCGCAACAACCUCCCACAGAUUCUGUACGAAGAUGUAGACAAGGAUAUGGUGAUUCUUGCAUCAGAUAGCGAUCUUGCUGCAGCCGUGGAACACGCAAGAUCGGUUGGUUGGAAGGGAUUAAAAUUGCAUCUAGAUUACUCUGGGAUGCCCAGAAAUCGAAAAGGCUCAUUGGCGGCAGCGGCGGUGGCAGGAGGAGGCGGCGGCGGUGGUGGUUUGGAGCAUGUUCACGCAGAUGCAUGGGCUUCUGCAUACAGUUCUGUUGCAGCUGGAGCUGCUUUAGUUGCUGGUUUAGGUGUAUUAGCCUUCUUGAGAAGAGGUGGCUAAUUAUUGUUUGUUUCGUUUUUUCCCCAGAAAAUCUUUCGAGGAUUACGAAUGUCGUUACGAACCUUUUGAUACGUAGACUACGAAGAUUGAUAAUGUUGAAAAUUUGGUCGGUCAGUGAAAACAAGAAAAAAAUUCUUACUUUGA